GCCGGGAUUCCCGCGGCAGGGCACCGGCAGGCGCUUGCAGAUGGAGAGCGAGGGCGAUCCCGGGUUCGCGCUGCUUCUGACCUGCUGCGCUGGCCUUGCGACGACCAUCGGAGCUGCUAUGGCUUUUUGCGUCGACACCAACGAUAACCGGGUCUUUGCCAUCUGCUUGGCACUGUCUGCAGGGGUGAUGACCUACGUCUCCUUCAUUGAGAUCAUCGGCAAGGCGGAUGAAAGCUUCCAGGAGGCAGGCCUGGAAGCGGGCGAUUCCUUUUCGCUUGCCACCCUGGUCUUCUUUUCCGGGCUGGUGGCCUCAAUGUUGCUGGAGAUCCUGGGCAAGUUCUGCUACCGCAAAGCCAACCCCGAGCAGAAGGCCUUCGAGCGGGGAAGCGCCGAAACGGUCAUGCAAGCACAUCGCGACCCGGACCAGUUGGCGAAUGCGAUCAGCCCGACUGGCGAGGUGUCUGUGUAG